AUGGAAUUUGAUCAAGAAUUGAGCAUACGUCAUCUCUUAAAGGCCUACGGAGAGUCUAUAGAGAAAGGAUACAUGGAUCUUGCUCAAGUGAUAUUGACUCGGCUCCGUGACAAAGCUAGCCCUAUAGGAACCACAAUGGAGCGCCUCUCUCACUAUUUAUCCGUCCAACGUUCUGACCCACAGGCUCAACGUCUAAAAGAAGAAUGCAUGAAAAACCAUUCUAUGGCUUUUCGCGCUUUGUAUGAGAUAACUCCUUAUGGCAGAUUCGCGCAUUUUGUAGCUAACUAUGCAAUCUACGAAUCUAUACCACGCGAUAUAGAAGAGGUGCGUAUUGUGGAUUUUGACAUUGGAGAUGGAAUUCAAUGGCCACCUUUGAUUUGCGCUCUUGGACCGCGGCGAUCAGUUCGUUUUACGUGCAUUAAUGAUGCCGAAAAAGACUACAAAUUUGAGAGGGUGAGGGAGAGGCUAGCAUCUUUUGCUCAAAGCAUGGGGUUGAAUUUGAUAGUAGACAACUUGAGAUUGGAUGAGUUAAUGAGAAUUGGAGCAAGCGAGGGAGUGUGGUUGGUUUUUAAUUGUAUGGUAGGGCUUCCACAUAUGAAUAUGGGAAGAAGAAGCCAAGUAGAGAAGUUCAUAGAGGGAGCUAGAAAUAGUUUGGUUUCUAGCUCUACAACAAAUGGGAUGUUGAUAUGCGGAAACGGGCGUUGUGGCCACGAGUUGUUCUCUAAUGAGCAUCUGUUGCAUUCUCAAGCAUUGUUAGAGUCAAUGGAGUGGCAUUUUCCAUCUAGUUUUUCUCUAGCAAGGACGAGCAUGGAGUGUUUAUUUAUAGGACCAUGUGUUUCUUCUUGUUUAGGCGAACAUGAGCUUGUUAGUGUUGGGUCUAGUUUGGAGGGGUGUAGGUUUAGCAAGCAAAAUUUGAUGGAGGCGAUGGAGAUUGUGCGAGGGGGGGAUUAUGGGGUGAAGGUGAGAGGAGAAUGGGGGAAUGAGAUGGUGUUGGAGUGGAGAGGUACACCAUUAGUCAGAGUUUGCGCUUGGAGGUAG